AGUUGAUUCUCUGGCCCAAACUAAUCAACAGCUUGCAUCAUGUUGAUUGAUUUUCUAUAAGGUUUCAUCUCAAACCAACGCUGUUUUUCAGUAUCAAAUAUAGCAGCUAAGCAGCUUCAUUGCAGAGAGUGAUUAAAAAGAGUUUCAAAAUGAGUGUUGCUGUUGCUGAGGUUCGUCGUGUCUCUAAAACAAAAGUACAGCCAGCAAGUUACGUCCAGAGAUCAUCUACUGAUAGCUAUAAGCGGAUUGAUUUAAAUCCGUGGGAUACAGUAUAUAUGCGACAAGUAUACAUGCAAAGGGGUCUUAUCUUUUCUAAGUUUCCCGAGCGACAAGAAGAUGAAGAAGAAAAAAGUGUUAACCCUGCUAACAUGAUAACUCAUCUUAAAACUUCUUUGUCAUAUACACUUGAUUAUUUCUUUCCUCUAGCGGGUCGUCUUGGCAUACAACAACAUGAAGAUGAUAACACGAUCUCCGUCUAUAUCGAUUGCAACUUUGAGGGUGCGGAUUUCAUUCAUGCCACUGCAGACAUAUCAGUAGAGGACGUCGUUGCUCAGCCCUACGUUCCUCCAAGUAUAAUAGAUCCAUUGUUUUCUCUCAAUGGGGUAAGAAACUAUGAAGGUCAGUCACAUCCUUUACUCUCUAUACAAAUAACUGAACUACUCGACGGUGUGUUGAUAGGGUUAAGUGCAAAUCAUUGUGUAUGUGAUGGAACAGCAUUUUGGCAUUUCAUUAAUAUAUGGUCUGAGAUCUCUAGAUCUUCCAAUUAUCAUACUUCUUGUCCUCCUCGGCCGGUGUUUGAGCGUUGGUUUUUCAAGGAUACAGAUUGCCCCAUCCGUCUUCCGUCCUCUUUAGCUGAUCAAGAAAUUUCGCCAGUAAUGAAUAUUAAUAAUGCUGAAGCUGUGCUUUUUGAGGAGGGUCGUCAUGUAGAGAAAUGUUUCCAUUUUACCAAAACAAACAUUGCAAAACUCAAAGAAAGGGCCAAUUCAGAUAUAAUUUCUGAAACAAAACAAAAUACAGUUGUAAUCUCUUCGUUACAAGCUGUAUUAGCUCACCUUUGGGUCGCAGUAUUACGUGCUACAAGUAGUUUACAUAAUAAUUAUGACGGAAUUGAAGAGACUUCAUUUGGAUUUGUGGCUGAUAUCAGAACUAAGUUGAUUCCGCCCUUGCCAGAAGGGUACUUUGGCAACUCAGCAUCAUAUUUGAAUGUAACAGCAAAGGACGAUGAGGUGCUCAAAAGGGGAUUUGGCUUCUUAGCUUCAUUAUUGAAGGAGGUGGUUAGCUCUAACAAUAAUGAAAACAUUAGAAGUACUAUAGAAAAGAGUAGAAAGAAACCAUCUAUCUUUAGUAGUGGUGAGGCAGGAAUUAAGAAGAAAGUUUUAAUGACGAGGAGUUCCCAUAGAUUCAACAUGUACGGAAAUGAUUUUGGUUGGGGUCGACCUAUUGCCAUGAGAACUGGAAUUCGUGGAAAAUCGAAUGGAAUGACUACUGUGAAUGAAGGCCCGGUUGAAGGAAGUAUCGACAUUGAUAUCAGCCUUCCAAUUGAGGUUUUUCAGGCCAUGGAAAAGGAUGCUGAAUUCAUGGAAAUAUUCUUAUAUUGAACUUUUUCUUAUAAUGUCUUGAGUAGUUGUUGUCUCUACUACUUUACUUUUACCUAUCGGUGUUGUUCUUCCUUAAUUUCAAGUAACAUGUAAUAGUUUGUAAUCCAUUCAAAAAAACCGAUUGUUGUAUCAUAACAAGGAGUAUUGAAGUGUGAUUGAUACUUGGAAUGCU